AUGAUUGGAAUUAAUGCUGCUAUAGACCCAUUGGACGUUGUUGAGAGUGUCAAAUUUUAUCUGUACACUAAACAAAAUCCGGAUGAUCCACAAAUAAUCAAUGCAAAUGAUGAAAAUUCAAUUAGAUCCUCGAAUUACAAUUCUUCGCAUCAGACCAAUUUGGGAGCACAUGUUGCUGGUUUUACAGGCAAACAAGUUAAGCUUGGUAAAAUCGAAGCUAUCGUUGGAAUUGAUCCGGCUCGGCCAUUUAUCGAUGUUGAUGAUCCAUCUCAAACUUUGACAAAAACCGAUGCCAAUUAUGUUGUUACUAUCCAUGCUACAAUUGGACGACAAGGUGUCAUUGAACCUGUAGGGCAUACUUCCUUUUAUCCAAAUUGGGGUCGGACUCUCGAAAGCUGUGCUAUUGACAUUUUUGGCUUUUGUCCACACCUACGAGCAAAUUUGAUUUAUGCAGCUGGAGUGAGAGGUUAUUCAUUUGCACCCAUAUAUCAGUGUAGCUCAUUUGAUGAAAUUCUACAAGAAACUGGUUGCAAUAAAGAAGUUGAUAUACAAGUUGGGGACCCCUUGAUUGUGAAAAGAUUACCGGGAAUCUUUUAUUUCGAUAUUAAGGAUAUAGUAGCAACCAAAGGAUCUGCUGGAAGAAAUGGUACUGAUAUAGUAAAGUUUUACCUUUUCACUCGUGAGAAUCCCAAAGAUCCACAGAUCUUAUCUAUAUAUGAUUUAAAUUCAAUAAAUAUAUCCAACUACAAUCCCGAACAUAGAACCAAGAUUAUUAUACAUGGUUGGAGAUCCAGUUAUGAAAGGACACCAAAUCCUCCAGUCAGAAAUGCUUAUUUAGCAACAGGUGACUAUAACGUAAUAAGCGUUGAUUGGAGUUUUUAUGCACAUUCCGUUUAUACACAAGCUGUGAAACGAGUUCCCGAAGUUGGAAAAAUAGUGGCUGAUUUCGUAGACUUACUAAAUGAAAACUUUGGUUUAGAUUUCGACCAAUUAGUUGUGAUAGGUCAUAGCUUGGGUGCACAUAUUGCUGGAUAUUGUGGUAAAAACGUAUUACGCGGUAAAAUUGGUGCUAUUGUCGGAUCCGAUCCAGCAUUACCAUUAUAUUUUUAUCCCCUAAAUUCGACUCACUUAUCAAGGACUGACGCUAAAUUUGUUUUAACUCUACAAGUUACUGGUGGUCGCGAGGGUUUCUUAAGACCAAUUGGAGAUAUGACAUUUUAUCCAAAUUGGGGACGUGGACUCCCAUUUUGCGGAAUCGAUUUACUUGGUGGUUGUUCGCAUAACACUGCGAACGUAGUUUAUUCUGAUUCAAUAAGAGGGAAAUCGUAUGCACCUAUAUAUCAGUGUGAUAAUUUCGAAGAAAUAAAAGAAAAGAUAGGUUGCAAUAAAUUGGUUGAUGUUCGGCUUGGUGAUCCUUUGGAUAUAGAAAGGGUUGACGGAAUAUAUUAUUUUAGUACUAAGGACGAAUACUAUUUAAAUGUUGGUAAAAGCAGUAAAUUAGUUUUAAAUUGA